UUGUUGGCAAGCUAUUAGAAUGAAAAGGCGCCGCCAGAUAAUGACAUGGCGGCGGCAGUACAGUCCGUUAAAUCAUAUCUGAGAGGCAGACUGUCCUUCAUCUCUCCCGCCAACUUUAUCUAUUCCUAAUUCAGCCUGCGGUCUUACUGAGACACUGAGACUCAUGGCCCGUCAACAAGUUCCACACUACAAUUCGUUCACUGGAUUCUUUUACCAGGCGUAGUCAUACGUUGACUGUCAGCCACUGCACAGUCAGUUUCCUUUGAUGACAUGUGUGCUAUUGAUUCUUGGUUUUGUCCACCGCAUCAAGCUAGCAUUACAAUCAUCUUUCUAUCUGUCCGAACAGCGACUUUUACACAGUGCACUGCGAGCAGCAUGCUCGAGGUCAUAUACUCACUUCAAGUACAAAAUCCUUGAUCUUGCGGUUGGAUAUCCACAGAACUGAUCGCCGCCGCACGGGUGGAGGCUCCGAAUAGGAGCAAUGGCAACACUGAAACCACCGACGGCGCCUUUGGCAGCUUCAACAUCACCGAAGCGCAAACGAGACCAGCUAUCGUUGGACAGCAGACCCCACACACCAGCCUUGCAAAAUCAAACAUCAAAUUUCUCUUUUGAGCUCCCUGCUAAAGAUUGCGAAGAUGGAAACAGCAGCCCGCGCUCAAAGGUAGCCCGCAAGUUCCAGGGGCUUGCCCUGGGCGUUGUCGCAACCGAUAGCGGGGCAGGGACUUUGGCGUCUUCAUCACAACCUCCCGACGCGGAUAGCACAUCAGGUGCCGCAAAACGCUCGGCCAUUGAAAGCUUUGGCAGCAGCAAAGAAAUGCAUUAUGUGUCGGUCGAGGGACAUGCCGACGAUGGGUCGGCCAUGCGCAAGCGAUUAAAGCUUCCAGACGCUACAGAAACCACGCCACGCAAACAUGACGCCGUACUGGCUGGCGCGUCGCUAACCCACACGUCGAGCGUAUUUACCCCAAUUCUGGACAAAUCACCAGAAAAUCAAGCGAACAGCCCUGCCAGAGAUUCAGGCACCACGGACCUGAAAAUCGCGGGCCUAUCUGGCGGCAAGGUAGCGCAAAGUAAAACCGGCAGUGGCAUUUCGGUGUUCAAGGGGCGUCGUCAACAAGCCGGCCCACCCUUAGUCGCUGCCAAAACCAACGGCGAUGGGAAUGCUACUGAGGACUCGGACAUGGAAGUGGUGGAUCCUGUGCGCGCGGCUUUGACCUGGCACGAGGAUGAGAUUACGGUUUACGACCCGAACGAUGAGGACGACGAUGGCGUCGGUAUCAACGGGAUCGGGUUUCGACCCACGCCUGCCAUCGCCCACGCUCGAUCCAUGAAGCGGCGCCAGCAGCUUGCCGAGUACAAGAAACGAGAAGAGCGAGAGGCACGAGCUAGGAGGACAUUGCGUAGGAGAACAAGUCCGAAAUCGGGCAGCGAGGCAGCCCAGGUUCCGGAUGGCGAUGCAAACCCUACGCAGUCCCCCGAGCCACCGGCGAGGAGGGUCCGUUUUACGGAAUUUGAACCCACCGUCGUAAUCACCACUUGAUGAAAUUAUGAAAUGCUGAUGAGGCUUUGGCGUUUGGAGCGCAUAUGGCGUUUUGGAUUUGCAACAUCUUUUCCGGUCCUGGUAGUUCAAACGGUGCGGAGAGGACCUGGUUUAUUUUAUACGUGGUUAAAGGGAUGAGUUCAUCUUGGAGUUGACGCCUGCAUGGCUUCAUCUAUGUAUAACGGACGGCUUUGACAAAGAUGGCGCUUUUGGCUUGCAGAUGAAGGCAUACGCAUAGGCCAUAUGACAAAAGCUGCUCUUCUUUGAAUACCAAUAUAUACCCAUGUGCAACACUGGCGGCUUCAACUAAUUGACCACAGAAAUGGCAAUAUUCUAUAUACUUACACAUAAUGUCACAAUAGCGUUACAUCCCA